AGGAAGAAGAUAGAAGGAAGAGGAUAAGAGGAGGAAGAAGAAACAAAUUAAAUACAAUUAACCUCGCGUUUCUACGCUCGCUGGAUUUCAUUGUGAAAAACAAUUAAAAUAUGAUGGAUAUCUUGCACAUCGGUGACGAACCGAUCUUUGACGAUCGUAUUGUCAAAAUUGAAACUCACACGUACAAUCCGUACGCUAGUGCCACAUUCGGUUACAGUGACGAAAUACGAAUACCUAUACAACAACAGGAUUUAUAUACAUUACCGUGUGAAAGUUUUCUCUACAUCGAGGGACAUAUCGUUGAAGAUUUCGACGCAGACAGGGAAGAACAGUAAUGGAGAUGCGAAUUAGUGAAUAAUUGCGUUGCGUUUAUGUUUGACGAAAUUAGAUACGAACUCGAUGGCGUGGAAAUUGAUAGAAUCAGAAAUGUCGGAAUCACCAGGACGAUAAAAAAUUACGCAUUAUUGCCGACCGAAAGGAGCAAAAGACUGCAGAAUGCUGGAUGGAAUAUUCUUUCAAUUGACAAUGCAAUACGUCUCUAACCGAUAAUCUGCGCAAUUUCAAUUUCUGCGUAUCUCUGAAUAUGUUUUUAAGUUUUUGCGAAGAUUACAAACGUAUAGUAAUAAACGCACGUCACGAAUUAGUUUUGAUACGCGCACGCAACGAUGUUGACAGUAUUAUCGCUCAACCAACGUCUAAAAAUCCUAAACUUACAUUAUUAAAGGUACAAUGGCGCAUGCCGCAUGUGGUAUUGAACGAUCUGAACAAAUAAUCACUUUUGCGCACUUUGAAUAGCGGCCGGUAUCUAAGUAUGACCUUUCGUUCAUGGGAUCUAUAUAAAUUUCCUUUGUUGCAAAUUUCAGCGAAACAUUCGUGGGCGGUGAAAGCGGCGGCGCAAUUGGAAAAACAGCGAAAUGUGAUUUUUGCCCUUCAAACAGGCCGAAGAGGCGUCCCGACAGCGGACGUUUCCAAAUUCGACGAUUGCAAACUGAGUAAUGUAAAAUUAUAUUUGAAUUCUGAAUUUUAUCCAUAUGACGAUAUGAAUUUGGAUUUUGAAAAUUACAGAUUUGCUCUGCUGUACGAUAUGUAUGCAAAACUUCGCAAAACCUAUUACAGGUGUGAAAUCGAGGAUGUGUAUUUACGCAUUGAUAAAUUUUUACAAUUGAGUCCCAUCACGGUGAUCGAUUGUUCUUGUCAAAACGAAUCAAUGAAGAGCGGCACUGUGGAAUGGAAUUCUGUGCGUUUGGAAUUCGAGUGUAAACGCGACGUUCCGGCCAAAACCACAGCCUUCUGUCUCAUUAUUCACGAUCGUGUGGUCGAGUAUAAUCCUCUGACUAAUGUGGUCCGGAAAAUUGUAUAAAAGGACGCGUCUUCAUAUAUAUAUUUUUACGAACAUGAGACCGCUCAUUCGAGAAGUUCUUAUGAAUACGCCUCCCGACACUACAGUGAUUUACGUUAAAGGUUCGCAAAAAAAGGAUUGGUUGCUGUCUCUGCUUGGGGACUGCGACAUGACUAUCGGCAUAGAAACAAUCGAUGUGGAUUAUGAGGACAUUAGUCGUUUGGAAACACUGAUAGGAGGAUCAUCCUUUCUAUGCGGACGACAUCUGAAAAAUUGCGCAUUAUGUAAUAUUAUGCAUCUACACACUUGGUGGUCGCAGAGACACGAUCAAUUGGCUGAUUAUUUUUAA